AUGUCCGACUCGUCCACUUUAGACAUCCAACUCGAAUUCGGGUACGUACAUCUCUUACAUUUCUCCCCCCACUCCCAACACCCUAGCAUCGAAGCUCUCCUUCGAUGCGGUGUGCGAAGUUCGACUGACCCAGCUGUGACGUUCACUUCUUUUACGCAUCGACGUACGAUUACGAUCAACUAGGGGCGGAAUGGAGCUCUUGUUCUCUUCUAUACCUUCGAGGAAGUUGACCUUACCGAGCACGUACGAUCCUAGGAUAUUGAGUACCCAACCGCCGCCUUUGAAGAUAGUCUCAACUUCAACCACGACCUCCGAGUCGAAUACGGCUCAAGUUAUCGACUCUACCUCAUCGAUGAUGGAACCUGAACGAGGUGGAGAAGUGAAGAGAAGGACGAAUUUGAGGUACUUGAUUUGGUACUUGAGGUGGAAGGUGUUGGAUGAUCCGAGUAGGCCCGAAUUGUUCAGUAUCGGUGAGAGCGUGUGAGUCCCUUUCUUCAACCCCCCAUGAGAGCGGAUGAGUGGGUCUUGGAGGGAUCGCUGAUUGCAAUUUUUUUUUUUCGGGUCUUUUUUUCACUUUUCACUUUGCAUGAAUUUUCGGAGUUCUUAAAAGUAGACCGGGGAUUCUCGUCCUUAUCAAUUCGACCGACUGGGAAUUGGAAGGCGAGUUGGAUUACGUGAUCGAGGAUGGCGAUCAGAUCCUCUUUAUUUCGACGCUUCAUGGGGGGUGA